UUCAAUCCUCGUUCUUGGAAUUGUUAUAAACUGGCAGAUUUUGAACCUCUUGGCUGUUGAUAAAACUCUUCAAAAAAAUCACUACUCGUUCGCUUCUAGUAGAUGUAUAACUCGCAACUAAGUCCUCAGUUAUGUUGCAUUUGAGCUCACGACUCGAUUGCCCGGCGGUCCUGAUGGGGCGUUGGACGCUGCUUAUCCUGUUCCUCCGCCUUAUCCUGCAUGUGAGUAGCAGGUCGGAAUUUUCUGUUCAGAAUGUGGAUGUGAAAAAAACCGCUAUCCUACAGUGUAACGGGACCGUAAGCAAGGACACUCGUCCCCAGGAGUAUGAUGUCGAAUGGAAGACUGAGAAAAACAUCCAGGUCGCGCACUACCAGCAGGGGGAGCUCACAGUAGGAGAAUGGUUCAAGGGCAGAGUCAGCAUCUUCAAGGAUGACAUCGGGUUUGGAAACUUCUCCCUCAAAAUCAGCCCUGUGGAAUACAGUGAUGGAGAUCUUUAUAUGUGCUUCUGGAGGAGAAAACAUAUUUGUGAUGUCAAACUAGAUGUCCUUGUGCCCUCAAUGGUAUCUGCACAGCUUGGGGAACCUGCCACACUCCCCUGUUAUGUCCACGUGGAUAAAACGCAAAAGAACGAUGUUGAUACUGUUCACUGGAAGAAAAAUGUAGAGUCUAUCCUGGACUAUCAGCCUGGGUUGUUCAAUAAAAGCUCUGGAUGUGAGAACAGAUGUAGCAUGUCAGUAGACAAGAUUAAAUUUGGUGACCUGUCUCUGACUAUCUCUGAAGUGCAUUAUUCAGAUCGAGGAACCUAUCAAUGCUUCACUGAUAAAACUGUAAAACCUGAGGAAAUCAUCUUCACUACUGAAGUCCACCACAACACCCCCAUCAUCCAAAUUGGUCAGUCUCUCAGCCUGCAGCUCUACAGUUCAGAACCAGUGAGGGUUGUGUUCCAGCCCAAUGAAAACUUGCCCGUUGUACCUGUGUGCACAGUGAAGGGAGAGUCAGUAGACUGUAUGCCUCAGUACAAGCACAGAGUGUCCGUCCAGAACACAACUCUCAAACUGGACUCAGUCAUGUUAAUGGACAGGGGUGUGUACAGAGUCAUAGACCACAAGACCAAUGAGAACAUCUCUGUCACCGACCUUCAUACGGAAGACCCUCCAGCUCCUGCAGGAAACAUAUGGCCAUGGGUGAUCGUGGUGGUGCUGCUGGUGGUGGUAGUGGUGCUGCUGGUGCUGGUGGUCAAGAUGCGGUUGAAGAGAUGUGCCUUCUGUGACCAGAGGCAGCCAUUCUUACAGUGCCGGAUGAGGAACCUGCCCGUGUCACAAGAGGACGCUCAGCCCCAGAUAGAGAUCAGGUCCCUGGUGUCUUCUCAGCCUGUGCAGGAGAAUGGACAAGACGAGCAGCUGAGAGCCCCUGUCUGUGAGAGCGGAGACACCGAAGACAAGCGUGGCCCUCAGCCCUGGAAUGAUGACUUUUGUAUGUAGCUCUCAUUGUAAGAAAGUUUGGGCACCGCUGACCUAAAACCCCACCCAUGAGCAGGAGUGACAGCCCACACUGACUCCCAAUGAGAGAUCUGAACAAACCAAACAGAGAUCAGCCUCAGCUGACCUACUCACCCUUCGUGUGGCUAUUCACACAGAAUUUAGCCAAAUGCAAACUGGAACCGGUUUUAAUGGCCGCUGAGAGACUACCCGGCCAUCGUAUGAGUAUUCCCUCCAAGCCAGCUGCAAGGCCCAACUUUCUUAUACUCAGCUAAAAAAAUCAAUUUCAUUAUUAAUUGGUGUUACCUAAUUGAUUUUAAGAGUUUUAACUGUACGUUUCUCUCGAGAUACUUGGAGGGUGGGCGGCACCCCUGUGCCCCACAUUAAUGAUGCUCCUCUGGAUGAUGAAGCGGGGGGGUGAUAUUUGCUUACUCAGAAUGUUCCAAGUCUGUCUCUGAAACACUGGGCAAGCCCAGUCUUACAUGCUGCCAGAGACCGUCUUGUAAGUGCCUGAUAACCCAGCAGAUUUCCACAUGCAUCCUUGAGCCAAAAUACGUGGACCACAUCAGGAACUUCACUGAAAUGCUUCCAGUUUGAAGUGGGCCAGUGCCUUGGUCCAUACAGAUGCAGCCACCUCAAUUUUCCCCUCCAAGCCGGCUGCCUGCUGGCUGCCUGCCAAAAGCCAGCCAAAGGCAGUAACCCCCCUCCUUCUGGGGGUGUGCCUAAAAUCUCGUCUAAACCCGCCCAUUUACUCACUUGCAGGGUGUUACCGUGAGAUGGCGCUUUCAUAAAAAAAACAUUUUAGUUGUGGUCACAAGUUUACAUACACAAGUACAACAGGUAUCAACCAGAAUCUUUUGGUAGCCAUUAGCAAGCCUCUGGCAUAAUUCUGGCUGAAUGUUUGACCACUCUUCUUUGCAGAAUUUCUAGUUCAUUUAAAUUAGUUGGGUUCCUGGCACAGACCUGGCUUUUCAGCAUAACCCACAACUGUUUUGAAGCUUGGCAUCCUGAUCGGGAGUGACAAUUUACAUAAAAACAUAAGAACAUAAGAAAUUUACAAACGAGAGGAGGCCAUUCGGCCCAUCAAGUUCGUUUGAGGAGAACUUAACUAACAGCUCAGCAACUAAUAGCUAACUAAUUUGUUGUUCUAAUAUUCAUUUAUUGUUUUGUAUUAUUCCUGUAAUAUAAUGUAAUUGCACAUUUUAUACAUCAACAUUAAUCUGUUCUGCGAUGGGCUGGCCACCAAUCCUGGGUUAUUCCCUGCCUCGUGCCCAUUGCUUCCGGGAUAGGCUCCGGACCCCCCGCGACCCAAUAGGAUAAGCGAUUUGGAAAAUGGAUGGAUGGAUGGACAUUAAUCUGUUGCAUGUUAUAAACUUUAAAAAGGCUAGUAUUGUGUCUUUUCUUACAGUUUUUUUCAAUUGGUAACAGUACCGCAGAUUCUACUCUCUAUUCUACUAUGUAUCUCUUCACAUACAUGAUCCAUCCUUGGCAUUGCUCUGGAUAAAUAUCUUGGCAUACAGCAUUCAUUGUUUGAUCUUGUGUCAAUUGACAUAAUUUGUUUAUUUUAUGUGGUUUUUACAAUCUAUUUUAGAAAGGGUCUUGAUAGUAAUUUAGCAAAAUGACAUUUCAGUUUGGACUGUUUUACUAGCAGUUUUAGGGUCAGUAUGUACUUAUGUGCAAAAUGGCCUCUGAAAAUGUAAUGUGAAUGAGACAGGAAUCCAUGACUUUUGAAUCAUUUAGUUAUUGAUUGCAUUUUGUAUGAAAGCAAAGCAUAAUGCUUAACAGUUUAGCCCACAUAAGCUAAUGUUGUGGUGACUGGAAGAGUUUUGAGAAAGCAACUUCAGUAUUGCAGUAUCUGUCUUAGCAAUUGAAGAAAACUGUAAAAUUCACACUGCCUUUCCAAACUGAUUAGUGUGAGGAGCAGUGACAAACAUUCCAGACUGAUGGGCCAUUGACAGUAUGCAAAGGUGUGGUGACUCCAAAGUCACUUCAAAGUUGUAGCACUUUAGUAAUCAAACCUCAUACAAUUCUUUGAAUGUCUCAUUCACCUUUGUGUAGCCAGCCCCUAUGUCUAUAAGCUUCAGAGCUCAAAAGUCUUGGCUAGAAAUGUUUAUAAUGUGAUUUUUUUACAUUUUGUCAGCACCACUGAAAAUAGGUUUUUGUUUAAAGUAGAUUUUAACAAAAAGAAUAAUCACAUUCAAAAUGAUCUCAGAUUAUUGGUGCUGAGUUUGUGCUGAAUAAAAGCAUUUACAGCACUUUGGGAUAAAUGUUGUUUAGAUAAGUGAAAUAUUUUACAGUUUUUCUGAAUUGCUGAAAUAUUAAAAAUCAUUUUGGGAACAAAACUGCAUGCCAAUUGCCAAAAGUCAUUUAUUGAAUCAGUCACUUGGCAAAACUUUAAACCAUGCUCACCUAGUUAGACACAAUUUGCAGAUCUCCGUCACCCUUUUUGCAAAACUCGAAACGCAUUCUCUUUCAUCAAAACACAUUUUGCGCUAUGGUGAACUUUGAUGCAAAAUAGAAAACACAGGCCGCAGAGGUUAAGCGCAGCCAGCACACAGUAGUCAUUUAAACACAAUGACUCAAAACUGUUCACACACAUUUCUAAACAUCUGAAGAAGCCAAAGAGUGACUAGAACAUAGAAUAUGUGCCAUAGGUGAAUAGGAACUGAAUUUCGACGUCAAGGUACAAAUGGGUCAGACAGAGGAUUCUUUCCGUGACUCUGGCUUGGCAGUUGCACAACAUUUUACUGUAAUAUGCCUCAUUUGUUUUUUGGCUUUGUCCUUUACAGUAACUUUUCUGGAAUACUGAAUACAGCAAACGUUACAUAUUAGUUAUCAGUCAUAACGGUACAGUAUACAAAUAUUUUUGGUAGACAACCAAACUUUUUUUUUAUUAUUAUAGUCUUACAGUUUUUAAUUUACAUGCCAACAACUAUUUUGACUGGUAGUGUUUUAAUUUUUUUGUGAGUUUAGCUUUGGUUUGAUUAAAGGAGAGGAGAUUUUAGGAUAUGUACAGAAAAACUGUAAAAUGUCAAGGCAUGUCAGACUACUUUGAAAGUGGGUGAGAGGCCUCAGACUCCAAAGGGUUACAGUAAAUACUUAUUAUGCUAUGUUUCUUUUAUGUUCCUCUUUUUGAGUCUGGUACUAUGACAAAAAAUUCCCAAUCUAUCUAUCUAGUGCUACUUCAUCAUUCCAUCCUCUUUGUGCAAUGUAGUGAUGUAAAGUACUGUCAGCAAAACAGCAUGAUACUACCACCACCCUGCUUAACCAUUAGUUCAGUGUUCUUAGGUUAAGAAAACAACCUCACCUUGAUCCCCUGCAAAAAUAUCUCUUUUCAUUGUGGCCAAGCAGAGAAGUUAAUGACACAUUCACACGUCAUUGUGACUGCCCCCCACCUCCACCCGUGAAUAUUCAGCCAUCAGCAGCCUUUCAGACUGUUAGCCAGACAGAAAGACAGAACACACUAAGGAAUGUGUCUGUUUUAUUCAAGCACAGUAUAGAACCAUAUGGUUUUACUCUGUCCACCUUUAUUCUCCACGAUCAACCUUUUCACUUUGUUUAGUGUGUUGCACACAUCUUGGGUCACUCUCCUCUUGCUUGCAGAUGAAGUAUUUCAUCAUGUGCCAAACAAGCUCGAUGGGCUUCAAAUCUGUUUAAUUGUCAUAUACCACACUGUCCCUCAUUGCUUGACAAUAUCAAUCUUAUUACUUUGUUUAGGUCUGUAAUUAUUAUACUGCACACAUCAUGGGUCCGCCUCAUCUCCAAAGGGUGAAGUAAAAUACAAAAUUCUAAUUUCAUCAAUAAACUGACUAAAGACACAUUUUGCUAGUUUUAGGCCAUCUUUGCCUCACAACAGAAACUAUUUCUUAAAUUUCACAGGCCAUUUAUUGCAGUGUAGUGAGUUCAUUAAUGAAACUGGAAUUUUGUCUGAAUAUAAGAAAAUUAUACUUGCUUAGAUUUUCAUAUUUUGCAGUGAAGUUACAAUACCUAAUUUCAGGUAAGUCACUUCAGCUUUCAUAAUCACUGCUCUCCCUGGUGGAUGGAUAAAUCAUUGCAAGUACUUUACACAGAGAGAGGCAAGGGGUGGAUCAUGCCGGCCCCCCUUGUUCGUUACAUCAUCGUGGGGGAUCUCAUUAUAGUCAAGGUCCCACCCAGGACCCAGCAGGGGCCAGCCAAGGACCAGCCAAGGCCCCAUCAUGGAAACGGGAAAAUUCAAGUGGCUACAUCUGUACUGUGAUAUAUAGCCUCAGGUUCUAAAGAGACAAAGCUAGUCUGAGGGAAGUCAGUGUUACCUUGGGUGUAAACAUUGUUACAGCCAUACUUUCAUUGUCUCAGCAUUAAUAUGGAGAAUCUUCGGCUAGUCCUGUGGUUUUGUAACAUUUGUCUGAUUUAUGUGUUCUGUACCAGCCAUCCAGAAAUCUAAGACCUUCUGCUCAGGUGUCUCUUAUUGAACCCCGUACCAAAUGUUAAACAAGGGCAGAAGGGGCUUUUGCAGCUGCUGCACCACGACUGUGGAACUUCUUACCACAACUUAUUAAGGAGUCUCCUUCAGUUCACAUAUUUAAGUCCAGAUUAAAGACAUAUUUUUAUUCUCUUGCUUUUUGUGAUCGCUGAUAUUCAUGUUUCUUUUCUCUUUUGUAUUUACGUCAACAUUAUUAACUGUAUUUUGUUUUAGACUUAUUUGAGAUGAGAGGAGAUUUGAUUACUUAUUGCUAGUAAUUUUACUUUGUUUUUCUAUGGUUUUUUGUGAAGCACUUUGGUUACAGCACUUCUGCUGUUUCAAAUGUGCUACAUAAAUAAACUGACAUUGACAUUCUUAAUGUGAUUGAGAAAUAAGAGGGAAACUACUGUA